AUGGCAACUGAGCUUACCUGGCGUGCUAAAGGCGAAGCUAAGCGACAAUCCAUUCUAAACGCCAUUCCCGAGAAAUGGAUCAUCACAAGCCCGAUCCCCUCAGCAGCAGAACAACAAGACGUUACCGGGGCCUAUAUCCAGCAGUUUCUGAACAGGCGCGAAAUCGAAAUCACAGAAUCAGAUGCUGUCGACAUCGUCGCGCAAACUACUUCUGGGGCUUGGACCGCGCUCGAAGUCACCGAGGCUUUCUGCCAUCGUGCUGCGUUGGCGCAUCAGUUGGUUAGCUGUCUCCAUGAGAUAUUCUUCGAAGCAGCGAUCGAAGAUGCAAAGCGGCUUGAUGCCUACUUCGCUGAGCACAAAACACCCAUCGGACCCCUCCAUGGUCUCCCUGUCUCCUUGAAGGACCAAUUCCAUGUCAAGGGGGUAGAAACUACUAUGGGAUAUGUGGGUUGGAUCAAUACAUUCCAAGGCCAACCAGACGAUCCACGCCUCGGCGUGGAAGAAAGCGAACUCGUACGGGAGCUACGUAAUCUGGGCGCGGUACUAUACUGCAAGACCAGUGUUCCGGCGACUCUGAUGUCCGGCGAAACAAUCAACAAUAUCAUAGGAUAUACCUGGAAUCCCAAAAAGCGAAACCUCUCCAGUGGUGGGAGCUCGGGGGGCGAAGGUGCUCUUAUUGCAUUGCGCGGAUCACCUGGUGGGUUUGGUACUGAUAUCGGAGGCAGCGUACGGAUCCCUGCUGGCUUCAAUAAUCUAUAUGGGUUGCGGCCUUCGGCGGGUAGAAUGCCCUACCAGGGGGCUGCAAAUUCCAUGGACGGACAGAACAUAAUUAUGUCUGUCAUUGGGCCUUUGGCUCCCACUGCUCGCACCUUGACGCUACUGUUCAAGAGCGUUCUCAGCCAGCAGCCUUGGAAUCACGAUCCACUGGCUUUGGAGCUUCCAUGGAGAGACUCAAUUGUACAAGAGACACUUUCUUCCAUUGAGCAAUCGAAAGCAGGGGCCUCGAGCCUUGCCUUUGCAAUCAUGCCUUUCGACGGAGUUGGUCGCAUUCAUCCUCCCAUUGCGCGGGGAUUAAAGCUUGUUGUGCAAACUUUGAAGAGACUCGGUCAUAAAGUCAUUGAUUGGAGUCCUCCUUCUCACGCGCCAGCUCACGCACUAGCGAGCAAGGCAUACCAUUUAGACGGCGGUACAGACCUAAAUCACCAGUUUGGUCUUUCUGGAGAGGUACAAGCACCACAGGUCAUUGUCUCGCAAGGCGGCACGGAGAUGAUCGCGUCGCAGAUUGCCGCGCUGAACGUAUCCAGCCGGGAGUAUAAAAAGCAGUAUAUGGACUACUGGAACAGUACUGCGGAGCUCACUGGCACUGGGCGACCCGUGGAUGGGCUCAUUUGUCCGCUUGCAUCUCACGCGGCUGUCAUUCCCACACAGUAUGAGCAUGUGGGAUAUACCACGUUUGUGAAUGUGUUAGAUUACACCAGUAUUUCUAUCCCGGUGACCUUUGCGGACAAGACAGUGGACAAACUUCCUACCGGCACCUCCUUGGCUGAGGCUGAGCCUCAUAUAGAGUGGGAUUCAAGGCAGAUGAUGCCGAUUCCUACGAUGGGGGCCCCUGUCGGGGUUCAACUGGUUGGCCGUAGACUUCAAGAGGAGAAGAUGCUGACCCUUGCGCAAUAUAUUGGAGAGGAAAUCGCAAAGGAU